AUGCCGUCGCCGUUGGCUAGCUGGGAGCGCGUCGUGGGCAUGAACCGGCUCCCACCUCCCCAGUCGCCCAUCGCAAAGAAGAGGAAGGAGGAGGAGGACGCACCCCGUGGCGAGGAGGAGACUCAGCGCACUCAGCGCCGCAGCCGCACCGCGGCGCUCGUGUCGCAGCAGGCUGAUGCCGUCAUCGAGUCCAUCGAGGCGCUGUGUCGGAGCGAGCUGGCGCAUUUCAAGGUGCCCAAGUUCUUCCGCGUCGUCGACCGGUUCCCGUUGACGGCGAGCGGCAAGGUGCAGAAGUUUGUGCUCAAGGAGGAGUCCAGCGAGGCCCUCAGAGGCACGUAG